AAAAGCGAGCCACUUGACCAGCCCAGCAUCAUCGGACCAUGCCGUCUUCACGACGGGGCUUCCUCAGGCCCAUUAGGCAGCGUGCAUCAUAUUGGUCAGCAUGCCACGUCCCUGAUCAUGGUUUGUAGACAAACAGGCCCAGCUCUGCUCCAUUCCUGGGUUUGGAAUAAAUAGCACGCAAGCAGCGCGCGUCGUAGGCGGCGAAGUCGCCAACUAGCCGUGGCCGUGCCUGCAGCCGAGGCUGGGGCUGAUUAUUGGGCUUGAAGCCUGACUGGAGCCCGUCUUGCCACCCAUUGAACAGGCGGCAUCUCACCGUGCUCACCAAACUGGACCCUUUCUUUUGCAUUUGGAGGGGGCCCCACACUGCCCUCCAGCUCGAAACGCCAUUCAAACACGGACCUAGGCGUGCCACCAAGCACCAGCGACUAAGGGGAUCCUCCGCCUGGAAAGCCGCCGACCUAUUCCUUUCCUUUUCUUCCUGCUCACCACCUCUCGAUCCCGUCGACGACCAAAGAACCAUUCCCAUCCGUGACCAUCUUCGAAACAAAAUCGAUUACAAACAAUCAGCCAGCGACUGGACCUCGAUUGUCCCACUGACCGACAGAUCUCUCCCUGUCCAACCUGGCAUUUCGCCACAACCCUCAACAUGAAGAAGUUCCUCGGAAUAAAGAAGAGCUCGAACCAGCCGGCCGAAGAGAACCCAUAUGCCCAAGAGCCCGCCAAUGAUCCCUAUGCCUACCAGCAGGGCUCCAACGAGAAGGUGCUCAUGUCCCACCCCGGCGGACUGCCCGGCGGUCCACGAGGCGGGCGUCCUGGUGGUGUCGGCCUCCCCGGUGGUCCUGCGCCCCGCGGUCCCUCGAGCGCGGCUAGCAGCAUGAGCGGACCUUCGCCGCCAUACAACAACCAACCGCAAGCACCACAGCAAAGCUCCGGCUACGGCAAUGACCGGUACGGCGCCUCGGGCGGCUAUGGCUCGUCAAACAGAUACGGAGACUCCAACUCGUACGGCGGCGGUGCCGCCCCCGCGAGGGGUGGCCAGAACGACAGCCCCGCCGGCGGGCGUCGCCCCGGUGGCUAUGGAGGCAUGUCGCGCGAUGCAGACGACGGUGCUGGAAGGGACGCUCUUUUCGGUGGCGCCAAGGACAGGGUUCAGAACGCCCCUCCCGGCAGGGCUCCCAACGCGGGCGCCGGAGGAUAUGGUGCAUCUCAGGGAGGCUAUGGCGGGGCGCCGACGCCGGACGGCCCAACGGGCAACAAGUACGGCGGCUAUGGCGAGGAGCGCGAGCUCACCGAGCAGGAGCAAAUCAAGCUGGAGGAGAGAGAGAUGGCACGACAGGUCGACCAGGAGCGAGAUGCGACGGUCGACACUGGCCACAGGAUCCUGGGCAUCAUCAAUAGCACGAUCGAGACGGCCAACGGCACGCUGCAAAACAUGGCGCAGCAGGACGAGCGUCUGCGCAACACUGAGAGGAACCUGGACUUGGCAGCAAUCCACAACCGCACAGCUCAGGAGAAGACAAAGGAGCUGAAGCACUACAACCGCAGCUUGUGGAACCCCGGAAACCCCUUCAUGACCAAGUCGAAGAAGGAUCAGCGGGAGCGCAAGUUCAUGGAGGAGCAGGAGAAGGAUCGAGAACGACGCGAGGAAACUCUCAAGGACGCUAAUCAGUCGCAAGCCAAGUACGAGCGUGACAUGCGUGAUAUCCAGGAUUCCAUGAACAACCGCAGGGCCUUGGGCCUGUCGUCGACUCAGGCGGCCGCCAGCAACAACAAGUUUGUUUUCGACGAAUCGGACGACGAAGACGAUAACCCCGAAAACAUGGCGCUCCGGGCAGACCGACGAGCCAAGGAGGAUGAGAUCAACAAUAUGAUCAUGCCGGGCAUGGAGCAGGGUGUCGCGACUCUCAACCAGAUCGCGCGCACCCUUGGUCAGCGUGUCAAUGAGUCUAACCAGCUCAUUGACAGGAUCGGCGAUAAGAGCGACAAGGUCGACAGCGGCGUCCGCACCAACCGCCGCAAGCUGGACGAUAUACUCAAAUAAACGAAGAAGCGCCAAGGCGAGGUACAUAGAUACCUGUUGGAUGGAGAGAUGGCUAUGCCACUUGCCCUUGGAGGGGUUCGAGACCCAGCAGCAGCCUGUCUCUCUGUAAGGGGCGUUGCUCAAGAGUAGGAUUGAUCGAUGUUUGCACGCGUCAAUGAUUAUUCCCGUUGUUUAGAUUGCUGCAUGGGUGGUUGUUCCCCUGUUGUCUUUGUUGUUAGGUUGGCUAGGUAUUUUUGCAUCAUGAUGUCAAAUUUCCGUUGUCCUAUUUGGACAGUAAUUUUGUAAUUCAAGUGCUAUCGAAUCGAGCACUCAUCCGAAUCCGAAGCCGAAGAUUUCAAGGCUGGGAUGGUGGUUGCUUUGAGCAUGGCGGCUACAGGUGGCACAGGAUGUGGGUGUUCUUGGCCCGUGGCCCCUUACCGUGCAGCUUAAAAUGUGGGACAAGGUACCGU